GCCACUUUGCAAAUUUAGCAAUGUUUUUAUUAAAUACAUUUCGUCGUAUUCCCGGUAGUUUCGGGUUAUCGCAUCGUUGUUAUUUUUCUUCUAAAAGCUUACCAUCUGUGAAGGGGAGUAUUUUGAGGAAUAGCGUUCGUUCAUUGCUUGUUUGCGGUGGUGUUGCUGCGGGUGUUUAUACUUUCAUUGAAUCUCGUCGUAAGCAGCAACGUGCUUUCGUCGAUGAAGAGCGUUAUGGCAAGCCUCAAUUAGGUGGUCCUUUUACUUUAGUUGAUCAGCAUGGGAAGGAACGAUCGCUUUCUGACUUUAAGGGUCGUUUGGUAUUGAUAUAUUUUGGUUUUGCGAAUUGUCCGGACGUCUGUCCUGUUGAAAUGGAUAAACAGCGCGCAGUUAUUGACAUUUUGGACAAGCGCUUCGGUCCGGUGUUACAGCCGCUUUUUAUUACUGUCGAUCCCAAACGUGACACUGUUUCUAAGUUGGCUGUGUAUGCCAAGGCAUACCAUCCCCGCUUGGUUGCUCUUACUGGAACUGAUGAUCAAAUCAAGGACGUUUCUAAGAAGUUCCGUGUAUAUUACAACCAGGGUAUAACUGCUACUGACCAGGAUUAUUUGAUUGACCAUUCUAUAAUUCACUAUUUACUGGACGAGAACGGGGAGUUUAUAGAAUUUUACAGCAAGAAUGUGAAUGCUAAAGAAAUGGCUGACGACAUUGCGAAGAUAGUGCAAAAGCGUGAUAUUAAGCCAUUGAACACAGUUUAAUCUUUUUUAU